AUGGCGUACUGGUGGAUUUUGGCUAUCAUUCUGUUUCGAUCUUGUCAUUCUCAAUAUUAUCUCCACAACGUUCACUGCAAGAUUUUAGAUCAUGUUGGUAGUCAAUCGGACGAAGCCGAUGAAUUGUAUGAGGAUUAUGAUGACAUAUCGUAUAAUGACGACGAUAUUGACAUGAGUUUUGUUGAUCAACCAAAGUAUCUUGUGGAUGGUGAGUUUGACUUGUAAAGAAAGUUUUUGCCAUUUUGUGUUUUGUAAAGAAAGUUCUUGACAUUUUUUGUUUUGUAAAGAAAGUUCUUGCUGUUUUUUGUCUUGUAAAGAAAGUUUUUGCCAUUUUGUGUUUUGUAAAGAAAGUUCUUGCUAUUUUUCUUAAAUUGACGUUGUUUUUAGGUACAAACGGCCGAAACGAUCACAUUUUGGCUCAAAAUGACCAAUAUGACAUUAACAAGCCAUUCAAAAAGUUACUGCGCCGAUUACAUCAAGAUGAUAAUGUAAAGUCAAGUAUUGAUAAGGAUGAAAAGAGAAAGGAGAAAUUGGCAUUAAACGUUAGAGACUAUGGUGAAGGAUCAGAAGGGAUCUUUGAUCACAUCGCUCAUCCAAAAGGAGUAGCAAAGGCAGAUCUGAGUGGUUAUGACAAAAACGUUGGUUACUGUGGCACUGGUGGUGCGAUUUCCACAAAAGCUAAUAAACAUCUUUGUGAUGAAUGCUCAAGUGUGUACAGUAAGUUAAUACCAGGUCAUCGGGGGCUUUAGUUACUAUAACUUACGGUAAUAUCAUAGUAUUAUACUUUGGCUGCAGUGAUUUGUAAAGAGAGUACUUUCCUAUUUAGUUAUCUUAUGGUAAGGGAAAGGGUGUGAGAAAGGAAGGGCGAGUGCAGUAAAGCAGGGUAUGGUACCGUAGAAUAGGAGUGAGAAAGACAGAAAAAGUUAGAUUAAGGUAGGGUAUGGUAGGACAAUACAUGACAAGGAUAGUUAUAGAGGUAAAAGCAGGUUACUGUAAUGUAAUAUAGUUUACAGUAGUAAAUAUAUUGUAGUGCAAAACAGAUGCUGCAGUAGGGUAAGGUAUACUGAGGUAGAGUUGAGUAGGAUAGGGUAAGGUAGGGUAGGGUAGGGUGGGGUGGCGUAGGGUAGGGUAGGGUAGGGUAGGGUAGGGUAGGGUAGGGUAUGGUACAGUACGGUGCAGUACAGUACGGCACGGUUCGGCAUGGAACGGUACGUUUCGAUAUAUUAAGCAAAAAUUGGGGUACGGUAACCAACAGUACAGUAUUAACCUUAUUUUUGAUUUCAGAUGACUUCAACUUAUGUUGCUACGCUCAUGACAAUUGCUAUACGAACCAGUGGGGUCGAGAAUACUGUGACAAGAUCUUUUGUCACUGUCUAAAUGUCAUUCCAGGCAAUGAAUGCACUAGCAAAAGAGGUACCUACUGUUGGGCUGUGAAGACAUUUGGUAGAAUUCCUUAUCUGAGAUCAGGUAAAUUUGGACUAAAAAUCAUUUUAAUUUAAAAUUAUUUGAAUUUUUGAAAUUUUUUUCACCAAGCCCUUGUAGGUAAUGGCAUCUCACCCAAACCAAGACCACCGCUACCUGAUUGGUAUGAAUCCAAACCCAUAACUAAGCAAAUAGCGUUUACUGUAACAGAAGCUCCACCUAAUGAAGUUCCAAAGAAAAAUACGGCUAUCAAACCGUACAAUAAAGACAAAUGGUACUGUGGAUCGGAUGGUACUAGCAAGCAAAUGUCAAUCAUGAACGUUCUUCUAAAUUGUUUUGACAUUCAAAGUAAGUUAUAGCCCUAGCCCAGAGCCCUAGCCCAGAGCCCUAACCUUAAACCUAGUUCUAGCCCUAGCUCCAGCUCUACCCUUAUCCUUAGCCUUGGCCAUGUUACCUCUGACCAUAUAUAUAAACCGUGCUCUAUCUGACCCUUUUCUCACUUACCGUAUUUUAGCUUUGUCUUAGUUCUACUGUACUUCCACCAUAGCCUAUGUGCCUUGCUGUACAUUUUUUUUUCAGAUGAAUUCAACUUGUGUUGCUACGCUCAUGAUAAUUGCUACACGAAUCAGUGGGGUCAAGAAUACUGUGACAAAGUCUUUUGUCAUUGCUUGAAUGUCAUUUUAGGUGAUAAGUGUGCUGUUGAGAGAAACACUUUCUGUGAGGUAUUGAAAGGAUGGGGCGGCAGUGCUUAUCAUAAGUCUGGUAAGUCUUCUUGGGGUAGCGUAGGAUCAGGUAUGGUAAGACAGGGCACAUUAAGGGUAGAAAGGGUUACGGUACAAACGUUGUUUGCUAUCGAAGAUACGGGUACUGUAGGUUAGGGUAGGGUAGAGUAGGGUAGGGUAGGGUAGGGUAGGGUAGGGUAGGGUAGGGUAGGGUAGGGUAGGGUAGGGUAGGGUAGGGUAGGGUAGGGUAGAGCAGGGCAGGGUAGGGUAGAGCAGGGUAGGGUAAUAUUUUAAAUUUUUAGAUAAUGGAACCUCCGUCAUUCCCAUGCCCCCACUGCCAGGUUGGUACACAGCUGAGCCUACUUCUAUAGAGCCCGAAGUUUUAUCAACAACUACUGUAACAUCAAUAACUACUGUAAAUGAUACAGUAACGUCUUCUUCCAGAAAUGAUACGACUUCAGUAAUUACAGUAAUCAAGGACAAUAGAGAUGAGUGGUCUUGUGGAUACCUGGGGACAGGUUCAGACAAUUUAUUUAAAAUUGUGAAGUUCCUUUGCCCGGAGGACAAACGUAAGACUUUUUUGAAUAUUUUUUGAAUUUUUUUGGAUUUGUUUUUAUUUUUUUAAUUUGAAUUUUUUUUGAAUUUUUUAAAAUUUUUUAAAUUUAUAUAUACUUUUUUUAUUUUUUGAAUAUUUUUUGAUUUUUUUCGAAAUUUGUUGAUAUUUUUUAAAAUUGUUUUUUUUUACUUUUUGAACUUUGUUUUAAAUUUUUUUAAAUUUUUUUUUGAUUUUAGAAUUUUCUAACAUUUUUUAUAAAUUCUGAAAUUUCUUGAAAUUUUUAGAAUUUUUUUAAAAUUUUUUAAAAUUUUUUGAAAUUUUUGAAUAUUUUUUUGAAAUUUUUAAUAUUUUUUUAAAUUUUAUAAAAAAUUUUAUUACUUUUUUUUUAUUUUUUCUAAAAAUUUUUAAAUUCAAAACUUCAGAAUCCUUCAACCAAUGCUGUGUAUCUCACAUUGGAUGUUAUGCAGCACAAUUGAGCCAAGAACGUUGUGAUGCAGCGUUCUGUGACUGUUUGAGUACUAUAGAUGGCAAUGGAUGUGAACAAGAGAAGGGUACUUAUUGUAAUAUGGCCAGAAAUCAUGGGGCUGAGCUUUAUAAUCAAUUGGGUAGGGUUUUGGAUAAAAAUUAUGUUGUUAUAGGCUUAAAAUUAGGAUUAGUUUCAGAAAAAUGGAGUUUUAGGCUUAAUAAGGGGUGGAUUUUGAAGAAAAUUGGGUUUUAAGCUUAGAAUUAAGUGACUUUUCAAAAAAAUGUUAUUUUAGGCGUAAAGUAUUAUUAGUUUCAGAAAAAAUUGCAUUUAGGCUUAAAAGCUGUUAAUUAUUUAAAAAAUUAUUUUAGGCUUAUAAAAUUGCUAUUUUUAAAUGUUUUUUAUAAUUUUAGGUAACAACACGUCAGCGACGCCCAGACCAAUCCCAAAAUCACAAACUACGACUCUCGUCUACGAUUAUAACUUACAAUUUGACCUAAGCGUCUUCUGUUCUUCCAACUACCUAUCGCCUUCUAUUGCCAUUUUCAUUGUGAUCUACCUAAUUAUUUAA